AUGGCUCCUGCAUUGAUUGAAACUCCCCAAGACUCGACGGCAGAGAAGAUCUAUGUCAAAGACCAGCGCCAGGAUGGCUACAAAGAGGCCUUUGCUCAAGGCCCCAAGACAACAAACUAUGACAAUGAGUUAAAAGGCGUUGGCAAGCAUCCUCCCGCAAGCUACCCACUUUACCUCCCAGUGUGGGACAACGAGAAGGACAUUGGCGGAAAGUACCCACCUCUGGAGCCAUUCGAGGCGUAUGAGCAUGGAAAGGACGCCGACCCAUCAUUCAAGAACCUCUUGAAAGGUGUCACUUCGGUCGAAGAUGUCACUGCCAAUAUCGGUGCCGAGGUCAAGGGCGUGCAACUGAGCCAGCUCGACAAGGCCGGAAAGGAUGAGCUCGCACUCUUUGUCGCACAAAAGAAAGUCGUCGCUUUCCGCGAUCAAGACUUCGCAAAUCUACCAAUUCAAGAAGCCCAGGACUUCGCCGAGUACUUCGGACCCUCGCACAUUCAUCCUGCCUCUGGCGCACCCAAGGGCUUCCCCAAGGUCCAUCUCGUGCACAGAUCCGCAGCCGAUACCACCGCCAAAGACUACUUCGAGGAGCGUACCAACAGUAUUACCUGGCACAGCGAUGUAACAUAUGAGAAGCAGCCUCCAGGCACUACCUUCUUGUACAUCUUGGAUGGCCCUGCUGCAGGAGGUGACACCUGUUUUGUCAACCAGGCAGAAGCAUACCGUAGAUUAUCUCCAGAGUUCCAAAAGCGAUUGCACGGACUCAAGGCUGUUCAUUCAGGUCAUGAACAGGCCAACAAUGCUCUGUCGCGAGGAAGCAUCGUUCGCCGCGAUCCGGUCGCGAACACUCAUCCCGUUGUCAGAACCCAUCCUGCCACUGGAGAGAAAGCUCUCUUCGUAAACCAGCAGUUCGUAAGACGCAUUGCGGGCUACAAGAAGGAAGAGAGCGACUAUUUGCUCAAGUUCCUGUAUGACCACAUCGCGUACUCACAAGACAUCCAGGCCAGAGUCAAGUGGGCCCCUGGAACAGUCAUCGUUUGGGACAACCGUGUUACUGCUCACACCGCCAUUCUCGAUUGGCAAGACGGUCAACGCCGUCACCUCGCUCGCUUAACACCUCAGGCUGAGCCUCCUUACGAGACCCCUUUUGAGGAGUCAAGCAACUAG